AUGCACAAAUGUACGCUAUAUCCUUUGUUCAUUUUGAUCAACAGAUUUAACCUUUUAUUUUGUAUCGAAUUCAAUGCCAAAUGCAGUCAAUACGUUGCUGGGGUUAGGAGAAAAGAUUGGAAGAAAUGUUGUGCCUUUGACCUGUCUAGUUACUCUCCAGAAUCUACUUUUCAAGCAGAAAGGGUGUUUGCUUCACUAAUUCUAGAGGACAAUGAUGCUUUGAUUAAUACUCCAGAAAAUACACAAGUUCCAAACUCUUUGAUAUAUUUUGAAGUCAGAAAUCCAGAGGGACAAGCUGCCGAGUCAGAAACCCAUACAGGUGAGGUUAUUGGUAAUGAUGCAACCAAUAUUAUCAAUGAUACACCUUUGGAGUCAGCUUCUGGCAAGGUAACUUAUGCCGACUGCCAGAUUGAAAAAGUCAUCUAUGGAGAUAUGGUGGCUGCAGAAAAUGAUAAGCCAGAAGAUGUGGUAGUUGUUGAUCAUUCACUAAAAGAUAUUGUAAUGGACGGAGCCUCAAAGUCAUCUUCUCGGAAACUGAAGGAUGAUGUUCAGUACCAAAAUGAGAACAGUGUAUGUGAAGACAUUAUAGAUGCUGGAAAUGACACACAUAUAGGUGUUGAUGUUGAUGGGGAUAAUACUAACAGUGAUGAAGAAAGGAACUUGGCAGGAGAGAAACCUCGGAAAUUCCGCCUGUUGUUGGACAUAUAUAAGCAGCUUCAAGCCUCCUGCUUCAGGGUCUAUCAUGGAUCCAUCUCAUGA